AGGGCCCCAUCAGGCCGCCAGGGUGCGGCAGAGCGCAGCGCGCCCCCGACCCGGAGGACGGAAGCCCAAGAACGCCGCUUCCGCCCGGUGCCCACUUCCAAGAUGGCGGCGGGGCGGGGCCAGGGCAGGGCGGACGGAGCCGGCGAGCGGGAUGCUGCGGGCUGCGCUGCGCGGCGCGCCGAGGUUGCUGAGUCGCGUGCAGCCCCGGGCGCCCUGCCUGAGGCGGCUGUGGGGCCGCGGGGCCCGUCCGGAGGUCGCGGGGAGGCGGCGGGCCUGGGCCUGGGGCUGGCGGCGCUCAAGCUCCGAGCAGGGGCCGGGGCCCGCGGCGGCUCUGCGGCGCGUGGAGGCGGCGCACUACCAGCUCGUCUACACCUGCAAGGUCUGCGGGACUAGGUCCUCCAAGCGCAUCUCCAAGCUGGCCUAUCACCAAGGCGUGGUCAUUGUGACCUGCCCCGGCUGCCAGAACCACCAUAUCAUCGCGGACAAUCUGGGCUGGUUCUCGGACCUGAAUGGGAAGAGAAAUAUCGAAGAGAUCCUGGCGGCCAGAGGCGAGCAGGUGCACCGUGUGGCGGGCGAGGGGGCCCUGGAACUGGUUCUGGAGGCUGCAGGGGCCCCCACAUCCACUGCAGCUCCGGAAGCGGGUGAGGAUGAGGGUCCCCCCAGCCCUGGCAAGACGGAGCUGAGCUGACUCCUGCGCUCCCUGGCACUGUGGGACUUCGGCCUUCCAGAAGGAGGUUUUGGCCCUGGGCCUCUCUGGACGUGGCCUGUUUUCUAUCAAUAAACAGACAUUACUUCCAGAUGCUGGGGCCUGUGGCCCUCGUGGCCUUUCUUUUUCUGGAGUUAGAACGACUGCUCUGAAUCCCUGGUGCUGCUGGGUGGGACAUCGGAGCCGCGGGACCUCUCGCCUCACCACAGUUCCUUCUACACGGAGUCACCCAGCACUUGCCCACAGAGGCCACAGUCGUGUGGAAAGGGGGCUGGAUGUGGAGUCAGAACCCUUCCUGGCUGUCGCUGCGUGACUUUGAGCAGGUCACCACCCCCGUGAGCCUCAGCCUUCCUCUGCAAGCCCCUUGCCGCCCCCUGGCCAACUCUGGCGGCCUCCCUUCCGUGAGCCAGUGCAGACCUGAGCCCUGGCCCUCAGCCGCCAGCCACCAGCAAAACAGUGAGCAAACCAGGCUGCUUGCUGGCCCAGGCAGGACGAGUAGCUAUGGCGUGGCCGUGUGUUAGGAGUUCCAGGCCCCUCCCGGGGGAGCCACCUGGGCCUCCUUCCCUCGGUGGACAGCACUCUGGACGCCCCCAGGGCCCUCCGAGGUGUGUGGGGUUUGUCUCGCAGCCUUGUUUGUGCGCAGGACGUUCCCGUGAUGAUGAAAGCGAGCAAACACAGCAGCCUGUUUAUUUGCAGAAGCGUUCUGGGCAGCGUGACCUUCAGCAUUCAUCACCCGCCACACUCCGGCAGGGAAGAGAAUGGGGCGAGGUGGGAGUUGGAAGCAGGACUGAGCACGACAGGGACCCAGUGCGGCCCCUCCCGGUGGGACACAGCCGGGACUGCCAGCUCACAUCCGGCCCGUGGGAGGCCGGGGCGCGGUGGCAUUGUUCCCAAUGUGCUUGUGGCGUGGGCUUUGCCUCGAUUACCCCCUGUCCUUCUUUCAGCCAACAACCCUCUAUUAUUCCCA